UGGAUUUAACUAAAGUUUAAACUAGUUACCAACUUUAUGAAAAUCUACAAAUCUUUUGGGUUUUCCUUUGAUUCUUUUUAAAUUAUAUUUGGUAUUUGAUUUUGAUUUUUAGAAUGUGAAGUGUGUGGGACUUUUAUUUUGGAGAAGUAACAAGGAACAGUAGCAGUCGUCAAAUCACUUUAUAAGACUAAAAUGGCUAUCAGAUUAGCUUUGGCUGGAGCUUUACGUUAUAUCGACUCCAGAACGAGUGUCGUUAAUGCACAGCGACUGUUCUGCCUUCAAUCGAGAGGACAAGGAUCUUCUAACACUAUAAGGGUGCUGUAUGAUGGAGAAUGCCCAAUAUGUGUUAAAGAAAUUAGCUUUCUUCAGUUUCUUAAGAGAAACAGAGCAGAUAAAGUCGAUUUUGUGGACAUCUCACUGCCAGAAUAUGACGGGAGCAAAUAUGGAGUCAGUUAUGAGAUGGCAAUGGAGGAAAUGACAGUGAUUGAUGAGGAGAACAAGAUUCAUCGUGGCGUUCCAGCUUUCACAGUGAUGUACAGUGCAGUGGGUUUGGGCUGGCUUGGCACAUUCAUCUCUCUCCCACUGUUCAGGCCUAUAAUGGAGCGAGCAUAUGGGGUGUUUGCAAGAAACAGACUGAAGUGGACCGGCAGAGAGGGCUGCACCACUGGACGCUGUGCAAAAAAAUAGUCGUAAGGGAUAGAGAGCUUUAAACAGACUUUCCAGGUCAAUGGAUGUAUUGGAAGUAACAGCUGUUAUUGUUAUUUAAGUUUAUUGCAUGUAAUGUUUAAGAGUCUGAAUAUAGCUGUAAUGUCAAUAUGUGCACAGAAUAAAUGAUCUUUUAUUAAGGUCUAUAAUUAAAAAAACACACACACACUGUGAUAUAUGUAUACACAAUAAAUUACUCAUACUGUGAGGGUAAAAAUGCCAGAGUGUUGACACUUUGAACAGCUCUGAGGGGCUUUUUCUAAAUUUAGAAGCCUCCUGACUGGUCAUCAACUGUUAAGAUGCAGAAGGACAGCUUGUGCUUUAAUGAGAAAUAGUCAGGGGUUUGGUCAGUAGUCCCUUUAAACCAGCCAAUAGGAUUUGAACUCCAGAGUAGGGCGGGAUUGAAAAUCACAACAGAAACAAGUGUGAACACCACAGGACAUAAUACAACAGAAAACAAGCAAUAUAAGUGUUUUAGAAGGAAAGUCAGCAUUCAUUUAUCACCUUGAAGUCAAGUUCAGGAGAAAAAAAGAGAGAGCGACGGACAUUCCAUGAUUCUGAUUCUACUGCCAGUACUCAUUCAGUCCUUGUUCAGAUCAUCUGCUUGGUCUCUGUUGUUGUUGGUGCUUCACUGAUGGCUUGGUACCUCGACAAAACCCGGGUCACUCACCUCGGGUCAAAGCGGCUCUGGUUACUGUGCAAGAUGAAAUAUCUUCUCACAAACAUCAGAAAUGUUUCUCACCUUGUCAGGAGGCCUCAUAGGUCAUGUCAGAGUAUCUGCUCCUCUCAGUCAACAAGGAGAAUCCCUCUCAAAUCUCAUAGAUCAAAGAAGACUCUCAGACUUUUUGGAACAAUUAGCAGUAAUAUGAAAUAUGAGAAUGUAUUGGGCCUUCAGAUGUAUCCAUUAUAUUCAACCUCCAGUAGAGAGAGUUUCAAAGCAGAAGCUCCUAUUGGAGUUUGCCAGCACAGCAGGACUACUUUUCGGCUGCACUUGCUUGGACUGAGAUUAGGAAAGUCUUUUAAUCAUCUCUCCAGACACAUAAACUUGUACUUUAAGCAGAAACAGUUAUCUGUGGUAGAUUAUGGGGAAGGUGGAUUGAUGUCUGCAGUGCAGGAACCGCUAACCAGAACAUCAAGACGAGUUCAAAGAGAGAGACGGACUGGAGAGUCCAGAGCUUUUAUUGGGACCCCUGCCAUUGAGCAAGUCUCUGAAUCUUCCUCACAUCAAUCUUUGACCUCAGCCUAUCCUGGACUACAGUUGUUCCACAUCAGUUCCUUGGCAAACAGAUUUGGGGAGAGUUACAGCUAUGUGGCCAAUCACAUUAACUCUGUAUUCUCUAGAAAUCCAGCAAAGCAAAUUCAUAUGGAGGUAACAUAUAGAAGCAGAAAGCGAAGAGUUAUGGGUAAUAAAAGUGGUCUUUGUAGGGAAACUGCGCAAAUUCAGCAAAAUAUUAGUAUGGGUACAAGACCAGAGAUUGAUAACAAUGUAUCUAGUUCCUGGGAUGAAGGAUAUCUCCAUUUUGCCCGUCACAUUAACCAAUACUUUGGCGCAAAAGUAGCAGAUACUGUUGAGAAAUCACCACAUACUGAGAGCUUGAAGACUUCAGUCUCUCUGGACACUCUAAAUAAACCUAAAGAUCCACUUCUUCAGCCCAGAUCCCCAGGCUUGUUCCACAUGAGCAGCCUCACCACACGCUUUGGGGAAAAUUACACUUACAUGGCCAACCACAUUAACCAGUACUUUAAAGGAUCUGCAGCUUCAGAGAAUGAAGAAGUGGAUGGAGAGUUAAACCUUUACAGAGGUUCACAGAAGUACACUGUGAUCCAGGAAAAACCAGUGUCCUUUUUUGAGUGUCUGCUAAAACCCUCCACUAUACCUGGCUUUGUGGGGAGCUACCUGGGAAUGGGCUCUUCCAGGCAUAGUGACCAGACCACAACUGUAACAAGGACCCCAGAGGAAAUUCUGGAUAAAACAGUUUUAAGGAGGAGAAGGGCAGAUGAGAUGACUAGAGUUUUACUGAAGAGACUGGAAAAGGCUGCAGUACCGUCAUCUGUCACUUUCUGUGUGGAGGAGCUGAACGCUCACCUCAUUCAGCACCCAGCAUGCAAGGCUGUGAUGUGGCAGGAAAAAGCAGCAUUGCAGCUGCUUAGACGCCGUCGGGCCUUUUGGAUGAAUGAAAAACUUCAAGAAGCCAUCAGGGAAACUCUCGCUCUGAUUGGUUAUGUGGAUCCGGUCAGAGGUCAUGGGGUCAGGGUGCUUUCCAUUGAUGGAGGCGGAACCAAAGGGUUAGUUCCACUACAAGUGCUAAAACAGCUGGAGGCUCAAACAGGAAAACAAGUGAAUCAACUCUUUGACUACAUAUGUGGAGUCAGCACUGGAGCAGUUCUGGCUUUCAUGUUGGGUCUAGCUCGUAACUCUAUAGAUGAAUGUGAAGAGAUGUAUCAUCGUUUCGGCUCAAAUGUUUUUCGACAAAACCCCCUGGUUGGUACUGUGAAGAUGGGCUGGACGCACUCCUACUACAACACAGAAACAUGGGAGAUGAUCUUAAGGGAGAAGAUGGGGGAGGAGAUUUUAAUUAAAACAGCCAGAGAUGAGCUGAGUCCAAAGGUGUCUGCCAUAAGUGCCGUAGUGAACUGGGGAAAAAGUCCGAAAGCAUUUAUCUUCCGCAACUAUAACCAUGCUCCAGGACGACUGAGCCGCUAUGCCGGAGGAUCAGGAUACCGGCUAUGGCAGGCCGUCCGGGCCUCAUCUGCUGCUCCAGGAUAUUUCCAGGAGUUCCCUCUUCAUGGUGACAUACACCAGGAUGGUGGUCUUAUCCUCAAUAACCCUUGUGCUCUGGCUGUCCAUGAAAGCCGACUGCUGUGGCCCAGCCAGCCCUUCCAGUGUGUGCUGUCACUGGGAACUGGUCGCUAUGAUAAUGCUAAAAGAGGGCCUGCAACUUCCACAAGUCUGAGAGCCAAAAUCAGCAACCUGAUCUGCAGCGCCACCGAUACUGAGGGUGUUCACACUCUAUUGGAUGACCUCUUAUCACCGAACGUGUAUUUCCGCUUUAACCCGAUGCUGAGCUCAAACGUGACGCUGGAUGAAAGCAGGCCAGAAGUGCUUCAUCAGCUGCAGAAAGACACACAGCUGUACCUGGACCGGAACGGACCCAAACUGGAACGCCUGUGUGAAGUACUGAUGACAGAACGCUCAGCAAUCUGGAAAACACGGGACUGGAUCGGUGGGAAAGCAUGGGAGCUGCAGCAGCGCUGGGCUUGAGUGGACUUUACACAGUGCUGACGAGAAUUCAGUUAAAUGUAUGCAAUUAUGUGGAUGAAAGCUAUAAUACAAGAACAUCAUUAAAUUAUGAAGAUAUGUUCUUCCUGGUCGCACAAGAUUGUAAAGGGCUGUGUUUGGACAAGUUACAAAUCAUGUUAGAGAAGUUACAAAUCAAAUACACAGCCAUUUUACACUGAACUUAUUGAGCACUUAUAUGCCCAUGUAAAUUAUGUAUGAAUGUCAAUAUUUAUAGACUGAUGUAUUUAUUUCUUUAUUUCUGUUUUAAGUUUUCAGAUUUAUGAAAUGAAAUAAAACUAAGAG